UUAAAACAUGUAGCGUGUGUUGGUUUAUUGGUGUUUUAAAAAUACCUCUGCAGCAGUUUGGUUGCGUUCAUAUCAUUAUUGGAAAUUGUCAACGUGACUAAAAAUUUUCCAACUAAAUGUUUAAAAGUCAGUUAAAAAUACGUAAAAAAUUUGCCAUCAAGUUUAUUAGAUUUGAACUGUAAGCGUUAACAUAGGACGACCAAAUAAGUGAGGUGUAGUAAAAAACGUUAAAAAGUAAAAUUAUUUUUUAAUGUUUAAAAUGAAAAUAUAUUUCAUUUAAUUAAACCCAACGAGCAGAAAACGUUAAGUAAUUUUUCAAUAUUUUCCAAUGUCUGCCUUAGUGAUUUAAUUACUGAUUACGUAUGCGCUAAACAAGAAGGUUUUCCAAUUUUUCGCACUUGAUGAUUCAAUAAAGCUAAAAUGGAACAUAAACUCUUUAAAAAAAAGAAAUUUUUGAACGUUUUACAACUAAGGGCAUAUGCUCCCAACCGAAAAUCCUCCAUAACAAUUAGUAAUCAAGCUAUUACUACGUUACAUUUAAGCAACAAAGAAAAAAACGAUAGCAAAACUAAAGAAAAAGAGCAUCCCGCGCUGUUUAAUAGUCCUAAGAGCUUUUUCGAAUACCAACAGCAAUUUUUUCAAAACCAUUAUACGGAUGUGGUGUUUAAAGACUUAAAACCUCCGAAAAUGUCAACAAAUAUUGAAGCCAAUAAAGAUGCUAAACAGCCGUUAACACAAACUAUAAUAAAUGUUAAACCGAAAAUUCAACCUAGAUACGAUGUCCAUCGUGAUGUCUUAAGUCAUGAUGUAGUAAUAAAGGAAACCGGUUAUGGAGCCAGGGAUAAAAGUUUACCAUACGCCUUAAAGCAAUGCUGGCAUAGCUUGUCAUUUUCGGCAAUGUUCACUGGCAUUAUACCGAUACUCCAAUGGCUACCAAAAUAUUCCAUGAAACGUGAUUUAUUAGGUGACGUAUUAGCUGGAUUUACUGUGGCCGUUAUGCAUAUACCACAUGGCAUGGCUUAUGGUUUAUUAGCGGGGGUAUCGCCAGGUAGUGGUCUUUAUAUGGCUAUAUUCCCCACUCUGAUAUAUAUGAUAUUCGGCACAUCGCGACACAUAUCAAUCGGUACUUUUGCUGUGGCUAGUUUAAUGACUCUAUCGGUAGUUCAAACUUAUUCAUCGGAAGAAGCACAGUUAUCGCUAGUGGGUAACGAAAUUAUAACGCCGAUAGAAGUAGUAACGGCUUUAGCGUUUACGGUGGGAUUAAUGCAUCUUCUGAUGUCCUUUCUGCGCUUAGGAACAAUAUCCGCUUUACUUAGUGAGCCUUUAGUAAACGGUUUUACAACCGGGGCUGCGUGCCAUGUAGUUAUAACUCAGUUAAAAGAUGCUUUUGGUCUUCACGUGCCCCGUCAUAAAGGAUUAUUUAAAAUUAUUUACUCCCUCAUCUAUUUAUGUAGGGAAAUACUUCACACUAAUGUAGCAACUUUGAUUUUUUGCUUGUCCAUCAUGACCUUUAUGACGAUAUGUAAUGAAUUAAUUAAACCAUAUUUACGUAAAAAAUGUCGUUUUCCUGUACCCGCCGAGCUCAUGGCUGUCAUAGGGGGCACAAUUGUGUCUAAGCUAUUAGCAGUGGAGUCUCACUAUGAUAUUCAAUUAGUAGGUCCAGUACCCACCGGUCUGCCAACCCCAGCAAUACCUCGCCUAAGUUUAAUACCUAACCUAAUAGCAGACUCACUGGCCAUAGCAGUGGUUACUUACUCAAUUGUUAUGUCACUGGGUCUCACUUUUGCCAAAAAGCAUUCAUAUGAAAUUCGUCCAAAUCAAGAGCUAUUUGCAAUGGGAAUAGGCAAUAUUGUGGGAGGAUUUUUCUCUUGUAUACCAUUGGCUUGCUCGCUAACCAGAUCACUAAUACAAGAACAAACGGGAGGAGCUACUCAAUUAGCCUCUUUAGUUUCGGCUAUAUUGAUUGUAAUGACUAUAUUUUGGACAGGACCAUUCUUUCGUUAUUUGCCGAGGUGCGUUUUGGCUGGAGUUAUAAUAGUCGCUUUAAAACCUAUGUUUAUGCAGGCCAAGGAGUUGAAGAAAUUCUCUAAACAGGGCAAAUUAGAGGUUCUCACAUGGUUGUGCACAUUUAUCGGUGUGGUAUUGAUUGACAUCGGUUACGGACUUGUGAUCGGUGUGUGCAUAUCUUUGUUAAACUUGUACAUUAAAGGAUUGAGACCUUAUUCCUGUUUAUUAGGUUACAUACCUGAAGCAUCAGCGGUUUACGUAGACAUAAGUAAUCAUCGUAACGCGUUCGAAGUGCCUGAGACCAAAAUGUUCCGUUAUACGGGAGCUCUCAAUUUUGCUACAGCAGUAUCGUACCGUAAUGCUUUAUAUAAAGCGUUAGAAUUGGAUAUUGGUAAAAGUAAAAGAAGCGCUUAUGUACCUGUUGCUCAAAAUGGCACUAUUUUAACUAAUGGUAGCCCGCAUAGCCAUUUAAAUACUUCUUUCCGUUUCCUGGUUUUGGAUUUUAGUACCUUAUCCCACAUCGAUAUGGCCGGUGGCCAAAUGCUUAGUGAUAUUAUGAAUGAAUUAAAAAAAUAUGGCAUACGCAUGUUUAUAGCCAGUCCAGCGGACCGAGUAUAUGAUAGCCUUGUGCAUAGUAUGGCGUUCGGUGGAGGACCUUUUGAAAUUUUUCCCACUCUACACGAUGCUGUAGAAUACGCUAAUGCCUGUCGCAAGGCGUGAUACGCCUUACCAAAGAAAAGUUUAUGCAUAUGUCAAAUCUAAUCUUGAUCUAUGUUUAUAUGUGUCGAUAUGUAUUAUAAAGUAUGGAAAAAUAUUAACGUACGUAUUGAAAUACGAUUCCACAUUGUAAGAGUUGCCAGUCGCAGCGUUAAAUAGACAAUAUGUGAGUGUAGGGUAUAGAUAUGUAUAUUUAUAUAUGUAUUUAUAUAUCGAUAUGUAUGCAUACGUAUGUCUUGUAAAUUGUUACUUAAUCUCAGGCAAAUUUCUACUCCGUUUAGCAAAGAAAGAGAGCUUUUCUUUUAAAACCAUCCCAACUUUUCCUCGCCAUUGAUCUUCUUCAUUAAAAAUUAAAUUUUUCAAAAUAUUAGCAGUCACUGAAUAAAAUUUUCAAGCUUUCAAGCAGUACUUCAUGUUCAUAUUUACCGAGAAUACAUUUUCCUUUUUUUGCUAAAUUUAACUCUUAUUGUCCUGACUAACUACUAUUAUAACUUUUAAAUUAAAGUUUUUUUGCUCAUUACAUCAUCAUUAAAAACGAAAGUUGUUUUUUCAAGUUCUCAUUAAACUUUGAAAGAAUAAACCGUUGCUUCAAUACUGCGACGGACUGAAAUGAAAGAUAAUUGUUUCAUUAUUUACUAAACGAUAGAAAUAAAGUACUCUAAAAAAAAGAUGCUGACAUAAGGGAAAUUUAAAUAUAUCACUAUUUACGAAGGUAUUUUUCUACUUAUAAUACAAGCUUUAGACAACCAAGAAAGAACACAAAUUUCUCUUAAAAAAAGCAAUGUCCAAUACAUAUUUUUUUAAAUAACCGUCUCAAAAAUCAAACAAUCGGAAGAUAAGGAACGGUCACACAAUCAGCAAAAUCUAGUA